UCCUGCAAUUUCAGAUUCAUCAAAGACAGUUGGUAUAUUUCUGUCACAAUGUUUACGAUAUUGUAUCAGAAUUCUCAAGUUCUUUGGCUAUUUUCCGUUUUCAUUUGACCCUAAUAAUGGGUUCCUCAGAUUCAGAUUUCUAAGUGCUGAGUUUUUCUAUUCAAUUUCCAUACUUAUCAUUUACUCCACUGGAUUCUUGCACUUGUUUAUCUUGGGACCAGCCUUUGAUGAAAUCUUUAAAAAGGCGAAAAUUGCUAUGAAUGGGGUCGAUUUUAUCAUAUUUUUUUCAGAAGCAUACAUCUCAUACUUUGUGUUCAUAGUUCUGCUGAUAGAACCACUGUUCACAAGUAAUAAUCUUAUUAAAUUUUGGAACAAGUUGCAGGACAUGUUUAGAGAAUUAGGCGACCCAAGAUGUGCUAUUAAACUUAAGAGAGAGACUUUCAAACUAUUACUUUUGUAUGUCUUCGGGAUGACAUGCUUUGUGAUUAUCAUGAGUGCCAACUCAAAUGCUGAUUUAGAACAGGUGUCACUCUCUGACAUGGCAUUCAUGGGUGUUUGGUCAAUUUUUGGAAUUUCUUACGUGUUUAUCUUUGUUUACUGCACUCUCAUCCUUAGUGCAAUCAUAAUUUUAUUUGAACAAGUUGAGAAAAUGAUGAAGGCAAAUUUUCUUCUCUGGACAAGCUAUCGAGGUGGUGGGGGGAGCAAUAAGCCUAUCUCGGUAACAGAUUCUUCUACAGACCCAGAAGUUCAAUUGUAUUAUGCUCAAGAAAAAUUUGAGGAGACGGUUCAGUUAUUUAACGAGUUUCAAAAUAGUUUUGGAUUCAAACUCUUAAUUUGUGUCACAAAAGUCUGCUUUUCAACCUUCCUCACGUUUCGACUUUUGAUUUUAGUCAUGAAAGUGAAAGUUGGCGGGGAAAGUAGUUCACUCUUUCAAGUCACUGUUCUUCAUACGAGUCACCUGUGGGGACUCCUCUUCCUCCUCUCCCUCUGCAACAACGCCAAGAACAUGGCCAGCAAAGCAAAUGCAUGUCUCGAAUCUGUGAAGCCGUACAAAAUUAUCCGAACAUGCCCACAUCGUAUGAUUCUAGUGGUACAUGUGUUUUUGACUCAAAUGCGAACAAAAUCGUUUUCACUUACGGCUGCAGGACUGAUUAAUAUUGAUGGAAGGCUAUUCAUCUCGAUGGCCGCGGUCAUUAUCAGCUAUUCAGUUGUUUUGGAAAACUUCUCCCCAGAACAAAAAAUAACCUACCUACAGUUCAACGAAACACUUUCUUCCCCAUAACCAAUUCGGUUUCUUUUUAAAACAUAAAAUAAGUAAUACAGCAACACAAGUUAUUUAUAUUUUUAAAUAUAAUUCAGGUCAGAUCAAUUUAAUGGUUUAGAAAAUAAUUCCAAUGCUUAGACAUAAGUAGGUAAAUACAUAAACAGGUAAUUAAUAAUUAUGGAGUUGUAAGCAUAAUAAUAAUUUCGAAACUAGAAUUUUUAUCUGCCAUUACCAUCUCCGUCUGUCGGGGAUGGAAAAAUAAACUUAGAGAAUUAAAGUAACAAUCCUCCUUUCGGUUUAUAGUUUUCAAACUUGGUAAUUCAUUAUUAUAAAAUAAUCCUAUAGUUUACAGUUACGCAGUACACGAGAUAUAACUUAAAAACCUUGGGACACAUUGUGUAUUAUUAUACUUCUUGGUGGAGUUUGUUGAAAAAUUAGAUCAAACCGAUGAAUAAAAUGCCGAU